GCGGGGUGUCCUCUGGGAGCAGCGAGGGACGUGAGGCGCGGUCGGCCCAGGAAGGGUCGCGCGGAGAGGUCGUUGUGGCAGCGGGGAGCCUUGAUGAGCUCCCCAGGAGGGCGAGAACCCAAAGUGCAGAGUCGGGUGUGCACUGGCGGGGGUGUGUGCGCGCCCGGGUGUGCGCGAGUGUGAGCGCACGGUCGGGUGGGAGCGCGCGUUAGGGAUUCUGCUGGCAUCGCAGCGUGGAGAGCAGGAGGCAGGAGCUGGGCGCGCAGGGGAGCGCGGGGGCUCUGCCGCGCACACGUCGUGCGCGCUCUCUUGUGCACAUACACUCUUUUGCACACACACAUACACACGCACACACGCCCUUUCUGCUUCGUUGGUUGCUGCUGCCACCAUCUCGGAGCUGAGUGAGCCCUGCGGAGAGAGAACCCAAGCUGGAGCUGGGAUCCGAGGCGAGCCCAGCCUGGUGAUGCCGGCCCAGAGCAGAGCCCCGCGCGGACGGCUGGCUCUGAUGCCUCCUGUUUCCAUAGGUCCCAAGAUUCUGAUACCUAUGGGCAAAAAGGCCAACUGAGCCAGGCCUAGGCUGAUUCCAGCCCAGCUGCACCCAGCACUGCCCAGUCACAGGAGUCCUGCUGGCAAGCUGUGAGCCUGGAGGGAGGCCUCAGAGAGGGAUCCUAAGGCAGUGUCCUGGUUCUUUUGAGUCUGUGGGCUGCACAACUCUUGGGGCUCUGACCGGUCCAGCCCUGACCAGCCUUGAGGGGAUUCCUGCCCCCACCUGGUCACAGAACCUCCUUGUGCUUCAGGACUCAGUCAAGCACUGGACCAGUCACGUGCAUGCUGAGACUGAGCCCCGAAGGCGGCUGUGCCCCCAGGCCUUUGGCAGCCUCUCUGCUUGGCUCCCUGUGCCAUCUGACCCAGGAGUCACGUGAGCCUCCCUCUGGGAUCUGGCAUGAAGGAGAAAUGGAUUCUGGAUUUCCCACUCUGGCUUUCCCUGACAUCUCCAGAAUUUAAGAAGUACCCUGAGGCAUCUCUUGCUCAACCUCAGCCCAGAAUCCCUGAGGACCAAUCCAGAAAUCCAACGACCUCAAGACCUAAAAGCAUCAAGCCCCUCUCCCUGGACACAGACUUGACAGAAGUGGCCAGUUCAUCAGGUGAGCGAGAGGAUGCUGGCAGGGGGUAUGAGAAGCAUGCCCAGCCCCCUCCUGGCCUGCUGGCAGCCCAUCCUCCUGCUGGUACUGGGCUCUGUGCUGUCAGGCUCUGCCACAGGCUGCCCGCCCCGCUGCGAGUGCUCAGCGCAGGACCGAGCCGUGCUCUGCCACCGCAAGCGCUUUGUGGCGGUGCCCGAGGGCAUCCCCACCGAGACUCGCCUGCUGGACCUGGGCAAAAACCGCAUCAAGACACUCAACCAGGACGAGUUUGCCAGCUUCCCACACCUGGAGGAGCUAGAACUCAAUGAAAACAUCGUGAGCGCCGUGGAGCCGGGCGCCUUCAACAACCUCUUCAACCUGAGGACACUGGGGCUGCGCAGCAACCGCCUGAAGCUCAUCCCGCUGGGCGUCUUCACCGGCCUCAGCAACUUGACCAAGCUGGACAUCAGUGAGAACAAGAUCGUCAUCCUGCUAGACUACAUGUUCCAAGACCUAUACAACCUCAAGUCGCUGGAGGUCGGCGACAAUGACCUCGUCUACAUCUCCCAUCGAGCCUUCAGCGGCCUCAACAGCCUGGAACAGCUGACGCUGGAGAAAUGCAAUCUGACCUCCAUCCCCACGGAGGCGCUCUCCCACCUGCACGGCCUCAUCGUCCUGCGGCUACGACAUCUCAACAUCAAUGCCAUCAGGGACUACUCCUUCAAGAGGCUGUACCGACUCAAGGUCUUAGAGAUCUCCCACUGGCCCUACCUGGACACCAUGACCCCCAACUGCCUCUACGGCCUCAACCUGACAUCCCUAUCCAUCACGCACUGCAACCUGACAGCCGUGCCCUAUCUGGCAGUGCGUCACCUGGUCUAUCUCCGUUUCCUCAACCUUUCCUACAACCCCAUCGGUACAAUCGAGGGCUCCAUGCUGCAUGAGCUGCUGCGGUUGCAGGAGAUCCAGCUGGUGGGCGGGCAGCUGGCCGUGGUGGAGCCCUAUGCCUUCCGUGGGCUCAACUACCUGCGUGUGCUCAAUGUCUCUGGCAACCAGCUGACCACCCUGGAGGAGUCAGCUUUCCAUUCGGUGGGCAACCUAGAGACGCUCAUCCUGGACUCCAACCCACUGGCCUGCGACUGCCGGCUGCUGUGGGUGUUCCGGCGCCGCUGGCGGCUCAACUUCAACAGGCAGCAACCCACCUGCGCCACACCAGAGUUCGUCCAGGGCAAGGAGUUCAAGGACUUUCCAGACGUGCUCCUACCCAACUACUUCACCUGCCGCCGGGCCCACAUUCGGGACCGCAAGGCACAGCAGGUGUUUGUAGAUGAGGGCCACACGGUGCAGUUUGUAUGCCGGGCAGAUGGCGACCCUCCACCUGCUAUCCUUUGGCUCUCACCCCGCAAGCACUUGGUCUCGGCCAAGAGCAAUGGGCGGCUCACAGUCUUCCCUGAUGGCACACUGGAGGUGCGCUACGCCCAGGUACAGGACAAUGGCACGUACCUGUGCAUCGCAGCCAAUGCUGGCGGCAACGACUCCAUGCCCGCCCACUUGCAUGUGCGUAGCUACUCGCCUGACUGGCCCCAUCAACCCAACAAGACCUUCGCCUUCAUCUCCAACCAGCCAGGUGAGGGAGAGGCCAACAGCACCCGCGCCACUGUGCCUUUCCCCUUCGACAUCAAGACGCUCAUCAUCGCCACCACCAUGGGCUUCAUCUCCUUCCUGGGCGUUGUCCUGUUCUGCCUGGUGCUGCUGUUUCUAUGGAGCCGGGGCAAAGGCAACACAAAGCACAACAUCGAAAUUGAGUAUGUGCCCCGGAAAUCAGACGCAGGCAUCAGCUCAGCCGACGCACCCCGCAAGUUCAACAUGAAGAUGAUAUGAGGACGGGGCAGGGUGGGGGGCGCAGGGACACCCCACCACCACCACCUCCGAGGGAACACUGGGCAGGGAAGGUGCCUGGCUGCUGCCUUCCCACCUCCUCCCUGCCCUCCUCACACACUCUCCCCCUCCCCCCACUCGCCCUUGCUGCCUCACCAACCUCGCCCUCACCCCCUCACCGCCUGCCCUCCUUCUACCAGGAUUUCAGAAGGCCGGGCCUGAGGACCCCACCUGCACAGGGGCCAGAGUUGACAGACAGACGAAUCCAAAGCCGACGAACCGACACGCGGCAGAGUCACUAAUUCAAUUUAAAAAAAAAAAAAAAAAGUUACAAACUUCCUCUGUAACUUGGGUUUCAAUAAUUAAUGGAUUUUUAUGAAAACUUGAAAUAAUAAAAAGAAAAAAAACUAUUUCCUAUAGCUAGUCGGAAUGCAAACUUUUGAUGUCCUGAUGGCUCCAGGGCCUUCUUCCAACUCAGUUUCUUGUUUUUCUCUUCCUCCUCCUCCUCCUCUUCCUCCUCUCUCUUCUCUUCCCCUGUGGGGAGGGAUCACUCAGGAAAACAGGGAAGGAGAUUCCAGCCCCACCCUCUGGCCCACUCUGCUGGGCACCAUUUGGAGCCAUGGGUGGCAGCUCAGCUCCAGGCCCAGCUCCAGCUGGUUUUUUGGCAGGAAGUAGGGGAGGGGAUAGGACUGCCCAGGGGGGUGGGGCUUGUCUGCUGGCUGCCAGGCAGCACUACUGAGGGGAGGUGGGGGGCCAGGCUCGGGUGUGGCUGAAACUGGGACGGGCUGGGGUCCUCCUGGGGAACAGCACGGUCAGGAGAAAGAGUCAGGAGCCAGAGGCAGGCCAAUUCCUCUCCUCUGGUCCCAGCUCUGCUGCUCACUGUUGUGUGACCUCAAGCAGAUCGCUGGCCCUCUUGGGCCUCAGUCUCCACAUCUGUACAAAUGGGAACAUUUAUCCCUGCCCUGCCUACCUCACAGGGCUGUUGUGAGGAACUGAUGAGAUGAUGUAUGUGAAACACUUUGUAAUCUGUAAAGCGCUGUGCACAUG